UCAUGACGGGGAAGAAGUCUUCCAGGGAGAAGCGGCGCAAACGAAGCGGUCAGGAGGCGGCGGCGGCCCUCGCAGCGCCGGACCUGGUCCCCGCCGUAGGCAGCAGUGGCAGUGGAAGCACCAGCGGCUGCGGGAGCGCAAGCGGUUGCGGAAGCGUCACCUGCUGUGGGAACACUAGCGUGAGUGGAAGUGUCACCGGCGGUGGGAGCGGCGGCAGCUGCUGGGGUGGCAGCAGCGUGGAGCGCGGUGAGCGUCGGAAGCGGAGAAGCACUGACUCAUCUUCCAGCGUCUCCGGCUCCCUGCAGCAGGAGGCCAAAUAUCUUUUGCCACCUCUGGAAAAAGAGUUAUUCUUGGCAGAGCACAGUGACCUUGAAGAAGGUGGAUUAGACCUGACUGUGGCGUUAAAACCAGUUAGUUUCUAUAUAUCAGACAAAAAAGAAAUGCUUCGACAGUGUUUCUGUAUCAUAGGAGAGAAGAAGUUACAGAAGAUGCUUCCUGAUGUGUUAAAGAACUGUUCAAUAGAAGAAAUUAAAAGACUUUGCCAGGAACAGCUAGAGCUCCUGUCUGAAAAAAAAAUUUUGAAGAUUCUUGAGGGUGACAAUGGUAUGGACUCUGAAAUGGAAGAAGAAGCAGAUGAUGGCUCUAAGACGGUAUCUGAUUUAGUUAAUCAACAAGACAGCUGUGUAGAUUCUACUUCAUCCCUGAGAGAGAACAAGCAACCUGAAGGUUUGGAAUUAAAACAAGGCAAAGGGGAAGAUAGCGAUGUACUCAGUAUAAAUGCAGACGCUUAUGACAGCGACAUAGAAGGCCCCUGUAAUGAAGAAGCAGCUGCUCCUGAAGUCCCAGAAAAUACAGUCCAGAGUGAAGCUGGUCAGAUAGAUGACCUGGAGAAAGACAUUGAGAAAAGUGUGAACGAGAUUCUGGGACUUGCAGAGUCCAGUCCAAAGGAGCCCAAAGCCACCACCCUGACUGUUCCUCCGCCGGAAGAUGUUCAGCCUUCCGCACAGCAGCUGGAGCUGCUCGAACUUGAAAUGAGGGCCAGAGCUAUUAAAGCCCUGAUGAAAGCUGGUGAUAUAAAAAAGCCAGCCUAGUUUAUUUAAGUUGUGUCUGAAUAUUGGAUGUGUUUGAACAAUGCCACACUGUAUCAUUUUGUAUCUAAUGUUUUUUUGGGGGUCUUACCUGAUAUUUCUCAUAUAACUCUUACUAGAUAAAGUCAUCUUAGGUCUAAAAUACAUGUUAUUGUUGUUGUUACUUUUGUAUUAUGUAGUUGUUUUUUGAAUUCAUGACACAUAUCAUUGGGUACUCUAGAUACUUUGUUAGAUGAGUAUUUAGUAUUUCUGCAAAUUAAUAUCUGAAAACCCAUUAGCUAAAAAGUCAUGAUAUUUUUUCCUUUAUUUUGAAAUAUUUUGGCAUCAAACCAAAUAGUUUAUGAAAGAUUGACCAAGCAUGUUGCCUUCAGGGUAUCUAUAUUUUGCAAUAGAAUAUUAAAUGACUGCUCCUAGGUAUAUUAACAAUUUAAGUUGAGUUAUAUUUAUAUGCACUUUUAAAAUAUGUACCAUUUUGAAGAUGGCUUUUAUGGGUAUGGACUUACUAAAAACUGAACAACAUUUUUGUUACAAGGCAGAGAUUCAAAAUGGCUGAGCAAAGCUUUUUUAUAAAAAAGGAAAAAAAAGGACUUAGUUUAAAGCAUUUUUUAACAAUGUCGAAUUAAUUGUCCAACUUUAAUUCCAGCAGACAAACCAUUCUAACAGGUAUUUGAUACUGUCGAACUCUUAGUUCAGUUUUUUUCCUUCAAUAAAAAGGGCACACAUUUUCAUUUACAUUCCAGGCAGUUAGGAGAAGGAGACUAUUUUAUUGUACAGGCUUUCAUCUGAUGUUUUUGCUUGAAAAUCUUACGUGCUAUAAUUCCAUGAAUUAAAAAUCAUUAAGACUGUCAUUCUGGAUCU